AUGGCAACUCUUGCAGGCAAGACUGUCCUUGUUAUUGGUGGUUCCUCAGGCAUCGGUUAUGUGGACUAUGCACUUGGAAGGUUGAAGAAUGAUGUCUCUGCUUCUGAAGCAACAAUUGAGGGAUCUUUGGAAGGCGAAGUGAUAGAUGCGAAAAGCUCUGACUCUGUGAGGGCAUUGUUGGCCAAAGUGGGUGAGGUGGAUCAUCUGGUGUGGACGAGUGGUGAUGAUCUCCGGCUUGGAUUCCCACAUAUUGACCUCGACAAGAAUAGAGACGUCUUCGACGUACGCUUCUGGGGAGCAUUCACAGCAGCGAAGGUCGCUCAGAUCAAACCUGGAGGAUCAAUCACACUGACUAUCGGUGCUGUUAUCGCGAAACCUUCCAAAGGUUGGUCACUCGUCGCAGGAAUAAUGGGUGCGGCUGACUCGCUCACUCGCGGUCUCGCGGUAGACCUCGCUCCUAUUCGCGUGAACGUGGUUGGUCCUGGCUUGGUCAAGACGGAGGAUACGCUCCCCCUUGAGGCGAGAGAAAAGAUGUAUGACGAUGCUGCGAAGGCUCUUCCUGUGCAGCACGUUGCUGAACCCGAUGAAAUUGCCGAGGUGUACCGUUGCCUUAUGAAGUGUGGAUUCAUUACAGACCAGUGCAUAGAAGUCAACGGUGGUGUGAGGCUUGCUUGA